GGUAUUUAUGUAUAAAUUUAUUUAGAAUACAUGUUAGAUACAUAUAUAGUUUGGCAGGGUAUAUACACACAGCACGCACACAGCGCUCGGAGAGAACUGACUAGUGAAUAUGUUUCAAGCAAUUAAAUACUUCGGGGGCUCGCCGCAUGGUGCGUCCCGUCCCUUAACUGGCAUCUUAACGACACAAAUUAGGUCGUAUACCAAGAAAGGUAUUAAAGCUAACAAGAGCCCGAAGGUCGGAGCCGUGCUUCUGCAAGAUGUUGAAGGAUUGGGAGAGACUGGGAUGUCCGUAGCUGUGGCACACGGGCGGCUGCGCAACCAGUUACUUCCUUCUAAGCAAGCACGCUAUGCUACACCGAGAGAACGCAAAGAGCUUAAAGCUUUGAUCGGCGCAGAUAACGGGGGAAAGGAAAAGACGGACUCGUAUACGAAGCGAAGGGACCGAUAUGCGCAGCUCUUCAAAAACUCUAUAAUCGAACUGGGCCAAGACAAUCCUCGCAAUCUGCAACUAUCUGCACUUAAGCUCGCAGAACACUUCCGCAACAAACUGAAGAUCGAUAUAAAUCCAGCUGCCAUUCUUCUGGAAUCUCCAAUAAAUGUGUCCGGUACACACACGGUGCCAAUCCAGAUUGAUCGAGACACAACCGUGAAUACGACUAUCGUAGUGAAGAAGUGGCCUCGUAUUCGGGGGAUGGGAAAAGUGGCGGGGCUAUGAUGAGAGUUAAUCUCGUGCUCUCUACUAGAAGCUACUUUUCCAAGUCACCAGGCCACUACAAUAAAUCUGCGAAUCACCGAAGCAUCAAUACCGUAC